AUGGAUCCAUCGGCGCAGAAUAACCAACUCGGGAAGCUCGCUCUCCAAAUCAGGAAAGCGAUCGUAGCAUCGCUUCCCACUGCGAGGGACCAAUUUCUGACGAUCUCGAUGCCCGGACGUAUCAUUGAUACAACUCCUGGUGGAGAGUUCGUCCCCCAAACGACGUAUAGUGCCAGCGGGGAUAACAAGAGAAAGGUCAAUGAAGCCAAGCUUGUUGACUCAAUGGUGCCGCUUAGCACUGUGAUGUUGGGCCCUAGCGGGAAAAGCGUUUCCCGGAGCUAUCUCUCGGCCCUUGACCACCUGGUUCCUGCAAACUCAGGCCUUGAUCUGGAGCAUCUGGAGUCCGAUGAAACAAGUGCCGCUACCACCAAAUAUAAAUCUGGUUCCAAAUAUAACGCCGCCAUGAGCUACCUCCGGUCGCCGGCCCCCGUGAAUACAAGCGGACGUACAAUCGUCGAUGUAUAUAUUGAGAAACAGACUGCUUAUGCUAGAGCCCAAUCCAUUCUAGAGGGUGUUCUCAUCAAGAAUGCCGGGGCUGCAAAAUCCAAAGCUGGGAUGAAUGCCGAUGAACUGGCGAUUGCAACUUCCGAAAUGAAGAGAGCAAACGACAAACUUCAAGCCGCUUGGAUGGACUGGGUAAUUAACGGUCAUAAGACAAUGAUCGAUCAUCACUUUGCCGUUGUCGACACCACAACUAUCAUGAGUCGCAUCGAGAUGGCCAAGGCGGCACUAAGAAGAGCGACUAUUAGUGAUAUUGACGACGGCACAGAAUGGCCGAGAGUGACUCUGUCUCCGGAGAACUGGGCGGUGUUGUGUGCGAAUAAGUCUAAAAGCUGGGCAUCCCGAAAUCCUCUGUCACCUGCAAUUAUCCAGAUGGAGAUUACCAGACUCAAAAAAAUAGUAGUGGCUUUGAAAGGAAAUUUGGAAUGGGCCAACGAGCAUGCCGGAAAAAACCCAGAGCCAGCACAGGUAUUGAACGAGGCGAAUGAACCGAAACCUAGUCAAAAGCUUGUGGACCUCCGGGCGGCGCUUAAGACGAUCCAAGAAGAGUUGGAUGCUGCAAAGGCUGAGAAGGAAUCCGACGAAGAGAUUGAAGGGAUACAGGAAAGACUUGAAAGGGCCAGGUCGGCUGUUUUGGUACAAGAGGCCGAGGAGCACCCAGAAGCUGAUACCCCGGAGACAGAGGCUGAAAUCGCGGCCUACAAAGAGGUUGUCGAGGCCGCAAAUGAGUACAAAACCUCGGAUCCUAAAACUCAGGAUGCGAAAAAAACAGACGUUCUGGAGAAGAGUAAAGCCAUCGGAGAGCUUCUUGACAAAAAUAUAGAAAAGGAAAAGGAGAUAGUUGCCAAGAUGGUUGCCGGCAGUUCUGGUCAAUUAAAAAGGACUCUUCAGGGAAUGAUUGCCGAGCGGCAGGAUGAGAUCCGCCAGCUAGAGUUAAGCUUGACCAGCCCCAGACCGGCCGCAGAGCGAAUCAAGGUAAUCACCAGUAUAGAGAAGGUUAAGAACAAUGGCAAGGAUGUGUAUGUACCGGUGGAGGGCAAGCCAGAGGUAAGUGACUUCGUCAAAGCUGCUCUUGCUCCAACGGAGGAGAAGCCGGACGAGAUUGCGGAUCCAUGGACGACAAUUUCCUUCAGCGCGUCGGCAAUGAAAUCAGCCGAGAGCUCGGAGGAGGCAAGUCUUUCUGUCCAGGCCAAGGUGGAAGUUAAUUAUGGGAUGUUUUCAGGAGGAGGAGGUACAGAUGUAUCUUCUGCUAGACAAAAAUUGUCGAAAACGAUGGAAGAAAGUUCGGUCACCGGUACCUUUUCUACGAUGCUAGUGCAGAUCAAUCGACCUUGGCUUCAUGGCGAGUUAUUCGAGGACACUGAUAUUGAUACGCCCACAACAAACAAACUGAGCCCGGGUCCCCAGGAGUUGAAAGAUUGGUUGGACAAUGGAAGGGAACCUGAAUUGAGCGCCUAUGGAACCUUUCCAUGGUAUCCAACUGCAUUCGUUGUAGCAGCUGAUACUGAGCUUGAAAUAAAGUGCUCAAGGUCAGAUGCUGAGGUGUUGGCAUCAGCCUGUCCACCGACUCCAACGCCAAUGUUGGCUACGGUCCCUUUGUCAGUGCAAGUACUCAUGUUAAGACCGGAAACAAGAGUACAAGCCACAGAAUGGAAGUAA